ACGCGGAACGGAAAAGUUAAUCAAAAUGGAGUAGUGAAGCCCACAUCGCGCGCUGUAUUACCAUUCCUCCUCUCACUACUGUCCAAACCCAUGUGUUUCUCCCUCGAAACUAACGCUGCACCCCGGACUAAAUAACUAUAUUUCCGGAACUCUCACCUGGAGUAACAGGCACCACUGGAUAAUUGCUGUGAUUCAAGUGCAAUGUACGUGUUGUUCUGCGGAAGUGUUGAGUGAUACCAUUCCGGGCACGUUUCGGAAAAUAUUCUAUUAGUGACACAAAAAAUUAGCGGCCACAAAAAUUAGCCUAUAUCCGGGUGACGAAACAGUGCCACGCGAGUGAACACUUUUGAUCUGAAAUUAAUUAAAUUUUCAACCUCCCAUCAUAACGGUUCAAUUUAUGUAAUUCUAAGGACCCUCCAUAGUAUCGAGUUGUGAAAAGUGAUAUUCUCGAACGUUGUGAUGAAUUGACUGGUGAAGUGUGUGCUGAUGUUAGCACGGUUGUGAACCCUCGAAUAUAUAUAUCCUAAUCAACAAGACCCUCUGUGACCUGUGACGAGUCGCGAAACGAGGAGAACGAAACCGCAACCAAAGCAAUACUGUUGCUCUCCCUUGCAAUGCAUAACAGGAAAUCCGUCAGACAUCUACUCCGUAGCUAUUCACACGGAAACGGACUUUCGAUUGCGACUCCUCUCAAGCUGCCGGCCAAAUGGAGCCGGGUGCUUCGGUUGCAGCCCAGCACACGCAUCAAUCCUGAACUCUUAUUACAGGCUGCUGAAUCUGGGAAUCUUGAUGAAUUCAUACGGUUAUACGAAGGUGAUAACAGUCGACUAGCUGUGAGGGAUAGCAGAAGUCGCACAGCAGCCCAUCAAGCUGCGGCCAGAAACCGCGUCAGCAUUCUUUCGUUCAUUCAUGUCCAAGGAGGCGAUCUUAACGCCCAGGACAUGUUCGGAAAUACACCUCUUCAUGUGGCAGUCGAAAAUGAUGCACUUGAUGCGAUGGAACAUUUGUUGCAAAUACCUGUCGUAACGAACAUAUUGAACGAGAAGAAGCUAGCUCCAGUGCAUCUGGCCACCGAGCUGAACAAAGUUAAGUGCUUGCAAGUGAUGGGUAAAUUUCGGGACGUUAUCGAUAUACAGCAAGGAGGAGAGCAUGGUCGCACAGCACUGCAUCUAGCAGCUAUUUACGAUAAUGAAGAGUGUGCUAGGAUUUUGAUUUCCGAAUUUGGUGCGUGUCCCCGGAAACCGUGCAACAAUGGUUACUAUCCUAUUCACGAGGCGGCAAAGAACGCGAGUUCCAAGACCAUGGAAGUGUUCUUUCAGUGGGGUGAAUCCAAGGGUUGCACCCGCGAAGAGAUGAUUUCCUUUUAUGAUUCGGAAGGCAACGUUCCGCUUCAUUCUGCCGUUCACGGGGGCGAUAUAAAGGCAGUUGAACUCUGCUUGAAAUCGGGAGCAAAAAUAUCCACCCAGCAGCAUGACCUCUCCACGCCGGUUCACCUGGCGGCGGCGCAGGGCGCGAUUGAAAUUGUCAAGCUCAUGUUUCUAAUGCAACCGCAGGAGAAACGGAUCAGUUUGAACUGUACAGAUAUUCAAAAAAUGACCCCUUUACAUUGUGCAGCCAUGUUCGAUCAUCCAGAAAUUGUUGAAUAUCUUGUUCGUGAAGGAGCUGAUUUGAAUGCUUUGGACAAAGAGAGUCGCUCUCCGCUGCUGUUGGCAGCGUCCAGAUCUGGAUGGAGAACUGUCAUGGUGUUAAUCAGAUUGGGGGCGAACAUCAGCCUGAAGGAUAUCAAUUCUAGAAAUGUGUUACAUCUUGUGAUAAUGAACGGUGGUCGUUUAGAUGAGUUUGCAAAGGAAGUUCGCCUUACGCAAUCCGAAGUUCAUUUGUUGGAGUUAUUGAACAAAAAGGAUGACAGUGGGUGUUCGCCCCUGCAUUACGCCAGCCGAGAGGGUCAUAUACGAUCGCUUGAAAAUCUUAUUCGAUUGGGUGCUUGUAUUAACCUGAAGAACAACAACAACGAAAGCCCACUGCAUUUUGCCGCACGAUUCGGUCGAUUCAAUACAGUGCGUCAGUUAUUGGACUCGGAAAAGGGCACAUUCAUUAUUAAUGAAAGUGAUGGCGAAGGUCUUACUCCUUUGCACAUCGCCUCUAAGGAAGGUCACAGCAGGGUAGUACAGCUUCUGCUCAAUCGAGGAGCACUUCUUCACCGAGACCAUAACGGACGCAACCCGCUACAUUUGGCAGCUAUGUCGGGUUAUACGCAAACAGUUGAGUUGCUACAUUCGGUGCAUUCACACUUGCUGGAUCAGGUGGACAAAGAUGGGAACACCGCACUUCAUUUGGCCACAAUGGAGAAUAAACCGAACGCAAUCGUUUUGCUGUUGAGUCUAGGUUGCAAAUUCCUUCAUAACUACAUGGAUAUGAGCGCAAUCGAUUACGCAAUCUAUUACAAGUAUCCGGAAGCAGCACUGGCAAUGGUAACCCACGAAGAGCGAGCUGCCGAAGUGAUGGCGCUCAAAUCCGAUAAACAUCCGUGUGUAACCUUGGCAUUGAUUGCGUCGAUGCCACAAGUCUUCGAAGCUGUGCAGGAUAAUUGUAUAACCAAGGCGAACUGCAAGAAAGAUUCGAAGAGCUUUUACAUUAAAUAUUCCUUCAGCUGUCUGCAGUGUCCAGCGCUGUAUGCUCAGAUGGACUCGCAAACCGGAGAAGCGGUACAGAUAUCUAAGCCGAUUCCCCUUCCGGCGCUGAACAUCAAAUAUUCUUUUCAUGCGUAUGAAAAGUCCCAGCAAGAAGUGGGAAGGAUAAGAAAAACUCUCAACGAUCCGAAAUGGCGCCCACCCCCACUACACGUGGUCAAUGCGAUGGUAGCACAUGGCCGUGUAGAGCUGCUGGCUCACCCAUUGAGUCAGAAAUAUCUCCAAAUGAAGUGGAACUCCUAUGGGAAAUAUUUUCACUUAGCCAAUCUUCUCUUCUACAGUGUAUUUCUUUUCUUUGUGACACUUUUCACAUCCCAGCUUAUGCGAAAUUCGCCUACAUUAUCCAUCCAACGAAUAAACGAAACUGCAACCCAUGAGAGCAUCAUGGCCGCACACGAUUUGCCCUUGCCAGUAGCACUUACAGCUCAUCCGAAGCCAAUUAAUUACUUCCCAAAUCAGAACCACUCGCAGCCGGUAAUCAAGGAGCAAAUGACCAUAACGACCACAACGUUAGUUUCAAGUGUGGCGAUUAUUGUGUACAUAUUCUGCAACACACUUCGCGAGGUUUUACAAGCAUAUCAACAGAAGUGGCACUAUCUCAUGGAACCGAUCAAUCUGAUAUCGUGGAUACUGUACUUUUCCGCCCUCAUUAUGGUGUGGCCAAUGUUCAACAAUGGAUUGUGUUUUGGAUGGAAUUUCUCUGCCGCCUCCGUGACUGUUUUCCUUUCUUGGUUCAAUUUGUUGCUGUUUCUACAACGGUUUGAUCAGGUGGGAAUCUACGUCGUGAUGUUCCUGGAAAUUUUACAGACUCUUAUUAAAGUAUUGGCCGUUUUUUCAAUUUUAAUUAUAGCUUUCGGCUUAGCGUUUUACAUUCUACUUUCCAAAAUGGCAAAUCCCCAGGCGAAUCACCUGUCCUUUUCGUCAAUACCUAUGUCACUGGUGAGGACAUUUUCAAUGAUGCUGGGCGAGAUGGAUUUUCUCGGAACAUAUGUGCAGCCUUACUACAGCGAGGAGCUACCUUUCCCCAUACCAUCAUUCGUGAUUCUCAGUAUUUUCAUGAUACUAAUGCCCAUUCUGUUGAUGAACUUACUGAUCGGUUUGGCUGUUGGUGACAUUGAAUCUGUGCGCAGAAACGCCCAACUGAAAAGACUGGCCAUGCAGGUGGUUCUGCACACAGAACUGGAACGAAAACUGCCCCAAAUGUGGCUUGAGAUGGUUGGUAAGAUGGAGCUGAUUGAGUAUCCCAACGAGAAAAAGUGUAAGCUUGGCUUCUUGGACUCGGUACUUCGAAGAUGGUUUUGUAAUCCGUUUACUGAUAAUUAUAAAGGAGGGAUUGAUUUUGUGUUGGAUAACAAUGAAGAUUAUGUUGUAACGGAGCUAGAAAAACAAAAACGAAAACUACGCGAAAUAGGAUCCGCUCUCGAGAAUCAGCAUCAACUGCUUAGGCUCAUUGUGCAGAAAAUGGAAAUAAAGACAGAAGCAGAUGACGUGGAUGAAGGUGUUAUGACAACUGAUUUGAAAGGAAUCGCUGGGUCGCGUACCACGGGUUCUCGCUGGUCUUCACCCAGAAUACGAAAAAAACUGCGAGCCGCAAUGAGUUUCAAUAAAUCUGUGGCUCGAUAAUUUUCAUCUCAAACCAUUGAUUGCAUGACUUUUAUAUCGUAAGGACCAGUUCAAUGAUGAAGUUUGAAAGGAGUCAUCAUUAUCUACUAUUAAAAUGUUUGUUUAUACCACUGAGCAGAAUGUUGUCAAAAUUUAUAUAAUGUUUAAUGAACAUUCAUAUGUACUUUCCAUGAUAAUAUAUGAAGAAACUCAACAAUAAAUAUUUCAUCAUAAUUAAUCAUAAGAAUAGGUUUCUAUAUUCCUGAUUCUAAAUACAGGAUAAUACUUAAUGUUCGAUGUGCCUAACAAAUGUGUCAGAAAAGUUUUGUCUAUGAGUAUCACAUUGGAGAAAAAACACAAUUGAUUUCUUCAGAUAUUCUAUGUUUUAUAUGCAGCAAUUACAAAUAUUCGCAAUACUGAUUUGGUGUAUUUGUAUUUCACAAAAUUUGUGUAAUAAAGAGAAACUUA